AUGCGUAUAGUUUUGCUAUUGGCUGCGAUCCUGUCAUGUGCUUUUGUAAGAUGUGCAAACGUUGAGAGACAGAGGUCAGUCACGUAUGAAGAUGACAUUGCUCUAGUAGAGGAGUUCAAUCAAUGGUUACAAACUCGCGAUACAUUCGUAAAUGGCACUAGCCUUGCAAUACAACGAAGAGAAGCUCUCCUCCGUAUAGCAAGUGAAGAUCCCAAAUCUAGUAUACUCAUGUCUGAAGAUAUGUAUAUAAUUUACGAGGCGAGUAUCAGCGAAUUCGAUGUAUUACCAGAUAGUAUUAUGGAACAAUUCGAAACACCAUUUGCAGGCUUGGGAACAUUGAAGUUUGGCUGUUUCAUCCCAGAAUCUUCAGACGUAUCAGAUUACAGUAUAGAAGUGGGCUCCAACUACGCCUCCCAAUUGGAAGUAAAAUCGGUCACCGAUGGAUUCUCAGCAAUGUUUAUAGCAAAUGACGGUUCCUCUUACAAAGCACACUUGUUCGGGAGCAUGGCGGAACUCAUUAGGCACGGAGGAGAGAUACGAGCUCAAGGCAUAGUGUUUCAAGCUGAGAGAGUUGUAGCCCUGUGGGAGAACUCUGUACGUCAGAGACGCCGGAUUCUCGAUAGCACUAGCAGUGGUGAGUUGAUUGAAGCUACCGUGGCUACAGACACAGGUGCCGUAAACCGAGUGUAUGCCAAUGUACACGAGCUCGAACAAGCACUGGAUGAGGGUCGUCGCGAAGUCAUUAAAUCGGUUAUCAAUCGCAGAAGAAGAUUCAUCGUGUCGGUGGGAGUUCAAAGAAAGUAUCUCGUCAUUCCGAUUGAUUUUUCAGACCUACCAGGCUACCCAGUUGACUUCCGGGACCCGACCUGGACCCACUUUGACACAGUAGCCCUCUUUGAAGACAAGAUCGCGCCUUUCUUCGCGAAGAAUUCUUACAACCAGCUCGAUAUCAAGUUCGACUAUCUAGAAGAGCCCAUUCGCAUGCCGAAGACAUCUGCAUUCUACGAACAGGGACAAAAUUACCAGUUUAUCUUCGGUGACGCUGAACGUUUGAGUGGGUACGAUUAUAAGGAGUACGACACGUAUGUAGUCCUCAAUACAAAAAUUGGCGCUCGAGUUGGUGGUAUUGGUUUGGUCGGUUCUUCGGGUGUUAUCAUCAAUGGCGAGUUUGAUAUCCGCGUAAUCUGUCACGAAAUAGGGCACAACUACGGAUCCUGGCAUGCUGAUGAGUGGGUACCACUUGAUGUGACAAAUCCUGCGGGCGAUGGAUACAUGCUCCCCUACGGAGACCCCUACGCUGCCAUGGGCUUAGCAGAUACUACUGGCAACCGACACUUUUCGGCCCGUUCGAAAGAAGAAUUUGGCUGGAUUCCUCAAGUGAACACAAGAGAAAUCGGGAUCAGUGGAGUAUAUACACUAUAUGCUCACGAUCAAGUCGUAGACACUCCAGAGGUCGAUCAAAUCCUGACAUUGCGCGUGCCACUAUCUAAUAGUAGACACACGUACAAAAACCUCAGCUACGACAUCGAGCUGCGAGGGUUGGAUGUAUGGGGCGAUUCUCAAGGACAUGGUGUUUCAAUACGUAUGGUAAUACCACCAGGUACCGAAGAUGGACUGACCAUGGUGGUGUGUAAUGACCCGACAAUCACCUCGACGGUGACGUUCUGCAGUACAAAAAACAGGGAGACAAAUGGACUAGUGCUGGACAUGACACCGACCACUCCAUCGGCAAAUAAUCGUGGGAGAGUGUUUACCGGCGACGGAUUACUCACUGCAUCACAGAGCUUCAGUGAUGUUGAAUCGAUGAUUCACGUGCGUAUCUCUGAGCCCCGAGGCACCACACCAGCAGAAAGUGUUCGUGUUGAAUUGAUCUAUGGCACGAACGAUUGUUGGGGCCAGGGCGUAUUCGAAGACGGAUGGUGCAACUGCUACCCCGGUUACUAUAGUGUAGAUUGUAAAUUUGAAACGGACUCUGACAUUAUCAUCAAACUCGAAGUAGAGUUGUCAGGAGACGAAGACGCCUGGUACGGCAUAUUCAGCGAUGCACUUGCACAGUUGGGAUUUAUGAACACAACAUAUUCCUUCACCAAUAGGGUCAACAGCGCGGAAGGCAGCACACUACUACUAAAACUCGAAGACCUCGACGCCAAGCAAGAAUUACGACAGGCCACCGCCGCAGGAGCACUUGAGCUAGAAGCACUCAGUAUAAACUCUUUGUCAGAAGGCGACAGCACGGUAUUCUGGCCACAAGCUAAUGCAGCUGGUAAUAACACAGGGGAUGGUAAGAUAUUCGGCCUUGAGCCGGUCCUUGCCUAUGCACUGCUCGCCACUGGUGCGAUCAUCGUUGGAUUGCUCUUCUUCUGCCUUAUUGGCUCCCUGUGCAAGAAGAAGAGAAAGCGCGAAAAGAAGCAGAAGCUGCCUACUGUUGUAGGCGACAAUGCACAGAACCCCAACACCAAAGAAUACAUCAAGGCCACCGCAGCUGGGGGCAGUGUGUAUCCCCAUCUGGCACCCAGUUCAAACCGAUCUGGUGAUGCAAAUGCAAACUCGGGUCCAUAUCCGCCGCAAGUACCGCCUGAACCUGCACCAGCGGCGCAGAACAUGUCCGAAGCAUCGCUGUACCAGAUUGGCUGGUCACCAUCACCUUCGCGAGGGUCGCCGGCAUCACAACGAGGGUCACCGAUGAUGUUCAACAGUUCUGUAUUGCCACCGCAUAUGAGCCAACAGGCCUUAUACACGCCCUCUCCGCUGUCGUCUGCACCGGAAUCGCCGCAGCAGCAGCAGAGGCCCCCAAACGCUCUCAGACAGCAGAAUUACAAUCCCGCCUUGAAUAUGGCAAGCAUUUCGAGUCCAAGUGCUACUAAAACGAAUCAAACACGCCACGCCAUGCCCAACCGACCGCCCAGGGACUCCCCAAGCAUGUCAAAUAGAACACCCAGAGACCACCCAAGUAUGUCUCAUAGACCGCCCAGAGAGUCCCCAAGCAUAUCUAAUAGACCACCUGGAGACUCUCCGAACAUGUCGUAUAGACCACCUGGAGACUCUCCGAUCAUGUCUAGUAGUCAGCCCAGUGGCUCUCCAGGAAUGUUCAAUAGACCGCCUAGAGAGUCUAAUAGACAAUCCAGGGACUCUCCAGGCAUGUCUAAGAGGUCACCUAGGGACUCUCCAAGCAUGUCUAUUAGACCAUCCAGGGACUCGCCCAGAGGGAUCGAUUUACCCCCACGCUCACCUAAACCACAAGGUUCGCCAAAACCACGUGACAAGCCGCCUCAGAGUGCUUCGUCUCCUGCGCCUUUGAGAUCGGCCAGAAGUCCGUAUGCACAGCUGGACUGAUGAGGGAAGAGUACGUCGCAAACUUAUUUAAAUAUGUUGCUUCCAAAGCAUUUGAGAUACGGUACAAGUCGCCCAGAGGCAAUGUAUUCUUAAGUAUCGGAUGCAAAGCUACAUACCUAACGAAUAAUGGAAGUGAAUUGUUGAGAUACACCGAGCCAUACUCAAGGAUUUGCCGGGUCGUCUCUGACUAAGGAAUCGCCGAGUCGUACCCUUUCCCACUUCUAAAUAAACUGGGAUUUCUGUACUCAAAACUAUUCAGUUAUAUCAAACUGCUGGGUUGUGCGGUAUACAUUGGCUAAACUGUGCCAAUCUGCUGCCAACAGAAUAUCCAAUACCAAAGAGGUUUGCGGUACGGUGAAUCUCUCCAUCGUAGGAACAGUUAUUCCUUGUCAAAUCACGGACCUGUAGAAUGCUCAAUACCACCGGGAACAGUGCUUUGCUUGGUCAAAACACGGACUUGUGGAAUGUCAAUGCCGGCGAGAAAAGAACGGGACUACUGAUUCCCCACGUACAUAUGGAAUGCUCAAUACCAUCAAACAACAGUUUGAUGGUUUGAGCACCACAACACCACUUUCGAUAUACGAUAUCAGAAUUACUGCAAGUUUGCGUUCUUAUGCUGCACGUUUCAAUGUAGAGGAAAAUACAGCAACGAGAGUGUCGUACAUUACUCUCCGUCAAUAUUAACACGACUACUCUUUGAACACGUUGUAGCACACUUUUUUAAACAGGUCAUAAGUUUAUUAAUAAAUGUAUCUCUACAGUGACGAA